AUGGCCGGCGUGCGCACCGACACGCUGUUGAUCGAGGGCCUCAGCCAGGGCGAGGGCGUGUCGCGCUUCCUCGAGCCGUUCCGCGUCUUCAAGGGCAAGCUGUCGGCGGCGGCGGCGCGCGACGCGUUCGUGGACGCGGUCGACCUGCGCGCGCUGGGCGCCAGGUUCGAGGCCGAGAUCAGGCCGCGUGCCGGCGAGCUCGGCUUCGAGAUCGUCGGCCACGCGCUCAGCCGCCACGGCGAGCUGGGCCUGCUGUUCGCGCGGCUGGGACAGGGCUCGGACACGGGAUACGGGGAGUUUCAAUGA